AUGGAGUCUGUACAGGGGAUCCUGGCGGCCCUGGUAAGCCCCCUUGAAAAUGCUUCUGGUAUCCAGAACGCCACAGUCGCAAACUCGACAAUUUCGCAAGCACCUAUGGCCAUCCCCUCCGACAUUGCAUCCUUAAUCACCCUGCUUUUCUCGUUUUCUGCUCUGCGGGAUUGGAUCAAACUCAUCGUCAUUGGAGGUGUUCUGGAAACCGCUCGGCGCAGCGUAUUCUCGGUUUAUGCAAGGCUCAUGAACUCUUUCUUCAUCACUGCGACAUUCGAUGAAGAUGACAUAUCUUUUUCUUGGAUGAUGGUGUGGCUUUCGGAGCACCCUACUUGGAAGACAGCGCGUGAAGUCGAAAUCAGCACACGAUCCCUUGGUCUAGACAGCCAGGCCACUUUGCUACCAGGAGAAGAGGAAGAUGUCGCCUCCAACUCGCGCAAACUUGGAUUCUUGCCGAACGUUUCCAAUACCUACACGUUGUGGUACAAACACCGUUGGGUCUCUGUCAGACGUUUGAGGUCAGAGCAAGGAUACUAUGGGCAUAGGCAGGAAACCUUGAUCAUCAGCCAAAACAGCUGGCGUCAUGUCGCUUCUCGUCCCAAACGGCCCCUCAAGUCUAUCGUCCUCGACCCCGGCAUCAAGGAUCUCCUCGUCGAAGACGCGAAAGACUUCCUCGGCUCAAAGCCUUGGUACCACGAACGAGGCAUCCCAUUCCGACGUGGCUACCUUCUUUACGGCGCACCCGGCUCUGGCAAAACGUCCAUCAUCCACAGUCUAGCCGGCGAGCUUGGGCUGGACGUCUACAUCAUCUCCCUUUCCAGAAGCGGACUCGACGACAGCGCACUCAACGAAAUCAUCUCGGAUCUUCCGGAGCGUUGUAUCGCGUUAAUGGAGGAUAUCGAUGCGGCAUUUCACCAUGGCUUGAACCGUGACAGUGAAGAUCCUGCCGAAUCUGCACCAGGAGCCGAUCGUAAUGCGCCUCCCAAGCCAGCACAGGCAGCCCCGACGACGACCAGCAAACUUAGUCUCAGUGGACUCUUGAACGCAUUGGAUGGUGUUGGUGCCCAGGAAGGACGUAUCCUCUUCGCUACAACGAACAAGUACCUCGCUCUCGAUCCCGCGCUCUCGAGGCCCGGCCGUAUGGACAUCCACAUCGAGUUCAAAUUGGCUAGCAAGAUCCAAGCACGGGAACUGUACCGCUGCUUCUACCAGCCUUCAGAAGACAUGGAGUCUGAGAAAUACGACGACGUCCCCUCCGAGCUUCUCGAUGACGUCGACGCAGAGACCUCCUCUCAAACCUCUGACUCCUCUGACACCCUCGUCGCGCCGUCCCCCACCCUCCCUGAACCCAAGAAUGGCAAGGCGCUGUUGUCGAUGAUGCCCGACCACCGCCGGCGCGCGCCAAAGCUAGAGAGGGAGCAGAUAGGAAGGCUUGCGCAUGCAUUUGCAGAUGCUGUGCCAGAGCGUGAAUUCUCGAUGGCGAGCUUGCAGGGGUAUCUGAUGGUGUACAAGACGAGGCCGUUCGAUGCUGUGAAGGAUGUCAGAGCGUGGGUUGAGAAGGAACGUGCGGAUGCGGCGAGGAAGGCGAAAGCAAAGGCGCCCACCCCCUCUUCCCCAACUCCAGAAUCCGAACCCGAAGCCACACCGACCCCAGAGGCCGCAACACCUACAUCCACAUAA